AGUUAAACAAUCCACAUGGCAGCCAGUCAAAAUAGCACUCAUAUUCGUCAUCAAAUUCUCACCAUCACCUCACACACCUCACAACCAAACCCCACACCAAAACCUUUCACCAAAUUCUUCUCCCUACUUCCAUCUAUAAAUUAGCUUCCUUUGCUUCAUUCAUUUUCCCCCUUCUUUUCCCCAUUCUUUUGCUUAGAAAAAAGAUUGGAUAAAAGAAACUUAUAAAAAGAUUAUUCAUUCUUCUCUUUUUUAUUAAAAGAAAAAAAAAAAAACAGAGUUUUUCUAGCCUUAGUUUGCAUUGCAUGUGCUUUGGAAUCAACAACAGCUUUCUAUAUAUACAUAUAUUUGUAUAAUUAGAGAGCACCGCCCAUUUUCAUAAAUCAUUAACAUAUAAUUAAUUACAUUUCUGCCUAUAAAAUCUUUCUACAAUUCCCAAUAAUCCACAACAUUUUCAUAAUACAAGAUUCUGAAUUAUUCUUCUGAUUAACCAAUCAAUGGGUGAAGAAGCUAAGCCAGAAGAGCAAGCUCCAGCAGCAGAGAAUAAGCCAGAGGAGAAACCUGCAGCAGAGGAGAAGAAAGAAGAUAGUCCACCACCACCGCCACCGGCUGAGGAAGCGAAACCUCCUCCAGUCGAGGAAGAAAAGAAGGAAGAAGAAGAACCACAACCACCACCACCGCCACCGCCUUUUGUUCUAUAUGUGGACUUGCAUUGUGUUGGAUGUGCUAAGAAAAUUGAGAGGUCCAUCAUGAGAAUUAGAGGAGUCGAAGGGGUAGUAAUUGACAUGGCUCAAAAUCAGGUAACCGUAAAAGGUGUGGUGGAACCACAAGCCAUAUGCAAUAAAAUAACAAAGAAAACCAAGAGAACGGCUAAGGUUUUGUCACCUUUACCAGCAAAUGAGGGUGAACCCAUGCCAGAAGUUGUCACUUCACAGGUUAGUGGAUUAACUACAGUGGUGCUUAGUGUAAAUAUGCACUGUGAAGCAUGUGCUGGACAACUCAAGAAGAAAAUACUUAAAAUGAGAGGAGUACAAACAGCAGAAACUGAGCUAAGUGGUGGAAAGGUCACAGUAACAGGCACAAUGGACGCAGACAAGUUGGUAGAGUACGUGUAUAGACGCACCAAGAAGACUGCCAAAAUAGUCCCACAACCCGAACCUGAGAAACCGGCUGAAGAGCCGCCCAAGGCCGAGGAGGCGGGUGAGAAGCCACCGGAAGAGCCUAAGACCGAGGAAACGAAAGAAGAAAACAAUCCGCCACCAAAGGAAGGAGGGGAAGAAAAACCACCCGAAGCUGGAGGUGAUAAAAAAGGUGGUGAACAUGUAGAAGAGCCUAAGAAGGAAGAAGGUGAAGUUAAUGGUGAGGUUAUUCACACCAUUAAUAAUUACGUCGAAGAAGAAUCAAUGAAAAGAAUGAUGUAUAAUUACUAUAAUUAUCAACAACCUUUGUAUGUGAUAGAAAGAAUCCCUCCUCCACAGUUGUUUAGUGAUGAAAACCCAAAUGCAUGUUGCAUUUCAUAACCCAUAAUUAAAAGAGUACUUAAGGGGUAAAUGAUGAUUAAUCACCACACAAAAGCAAAUUUGAACUUAUAAUAAUCAAUGGUUUUUUAAAGAUGUUAUUGUAAGUUCAAAUAAUAGAGAUUUACUACCACAUGAUGGUAUGAGAGUAUAGAGAACUUUGUUGGGUUGUUGUGAUAAAGUGUUAAAUUUUAAUUAAUAAAGAUAAUGUUUAGAAUUA